AUGGCCGACGAACAAGCUGCACAACAGCCACCGGCUGCCGAGACCAAGGACUUGCACACCGACCCAGUCACCGGCGAGAAAAUCUCCAAGAGUGAACUGAAGCGUCGCCAGAAGCAGCGCGAGAAGGACGAGAAGAAGAAGGAGAAGGAGGCGUCGCUACCUGCGCGGCCCAAGAAGGAGAAGAAGGACGAUGUCGAGGAAUUGAACCCAAACCAAUAUUUCGAGAUCCGGUCUAAUAAGAUCAACGCUCUCCGCGCCUCCAAGCAACCCAACCCGUACCCGCACAAGUUCCACACCAACUACAAGCUCGCCGACUAUGUUCGCGACUACUCGCACCUCAAGAAGGGAGAGACUGAGCCCGACAAGGAGAUUCGCAUCGGUCUCCGCGUCAUGACACAGCGCUCUGCCUCCAACGCGCUGCACUUCUACGUUUGCAAGGCUGAGGGUGUCAACAUCCAGGUCAUGUGUCAAUUGCAGGAAGCCAAGGCAGACGUACCCUUCGAGAAGCAGCAUGAGAACAUCCAGCGAGGAGACAUCAUCGGCGUCAUCGGAUACCCAGGUCGCACCAGCCCCAAGAAGGGUGGUGAGGGUGAGCUAAGUAUCUUCGCGCGCGAGGUGAUCCUUCUCACACCCUGCUUGAGGAUGUUGCCGACGGAGCACUUUGGUUACAAGGACCAGGAGCAACGUCACCGUAACCGAUUCCUCGAUCUCAUCAUGAACGACUCAACACGCAACACCUUCAUCACUCGGAGCAGGAUUAUCAAGGCUGUUCGCAAGUACCUCGACGAACGGGACUUUCUGGAAGUUCAGACGCCUAUGAUGAACAAGAUUGCUGGUGGUGCGACUGCGCGACCAUUCAAGACAUACCACAACGAACUCGACAUGGAGCUUUACAUGCGUAUCGCACCCGAGCUAUACCUCAAGGAGCUUGUAGUUGGAGGUCUGGAGAGGGUAUACGAGAUCGGCCGUCAAUUCCGUAACGAGGGUAUCGAUCUUACCCACAACCCCGAGUUCACCACCUGCGAAUUCUACAUGGCAUACGCCGACUACAACGACGUCCUGAACAUGACCGAGGAGCUCGUCAGCGAGCUGGUCAAGGAGGUCACAGGCGGAUACGAGACCGUCUACCACACUCAGAGCGGCGAGGUCUACAACGUCAACUGGGCAAGGCCAUGGAGGCGAGUCGAGAUGAUUCCGGCAUUGGAGGAGGCUACCGGCGAGAAGUUCCCACCAGCGGAUCAACUACACACUGCCGAGACCAACGAGUUCCUCAAGAAUGUACUCAAGAAGGUCAAGGUCGACUGCUCAGAACCUCGCACCAACUCAAGAAUGAUUGACAAGUUGGUUGGUGAGUUCAUCGAGGAGACUGCUAUCAACCCUACAUUCAUUAUCGGUCACCCCGAGGUCAUGUCGCCACUUGCUAAAUACCACCGCGAUAUUCCUGGUCUCUGCGAACGUUUCGAGGCCUUUGUAUGCAAGAAGGAGAUCUGCAACGCUUAUACUGAGCUUAACGACCCCUUCGAUCAGCGUCUGCGAUUCGAAGAGCAAGCGAACCAGAAGGCGGCUGGUGACGACGAAGCACAGCUCAUUGACGAGACCUUCUGUCAGUCGCUCGAGUACGGUCUGCCACCCACCGGUGGUUGGGGUAUGGGCAUCGACCGUCUAGUCAUGUUCUUGACCGACCACUACUCCAUCAAGGAGGUGCUCACCUUCCCCUUCAUGAAGGACAUUAUCGAGGUCAAGACGCCCGCAGCGGAGGUCGUCGAUGUAACGCCCAAGCCCACUGAGGGCAUUCAUAUACACUACAUCGAGAGGAAGACUAUAUCAAAUAUGGCGGCACCAGGGGGCAAGUUCUUCAUCCAGGAGAAGCUGAAGACGCCGGCGAAGCACCACGAGUCUUAUGAGCAGCUGUGGGAGACGAAGUGGAAGAAGCCUGCAGAAAUGGGCGUCUACCCCUUCAUGUUCGGCACAGCCUCCGACUUCGAGCCGAUAGUAAAAGAGAUGGUAUCCAAAGACAUGAAAGAGCCCUACAACUGGGACGAAUACGCCAAAAUCUACUUCCCACAGGCCGAAAAGCUCAAGUCCAUAGCCGCAGAAGCCGAGAAGAAUGGCGAAAAAGAGAAAGCAUCAGAGUACUACCUACGCUCCAGCGCCGUGUACCGCAUCAGCCGCUUCCCAGCACCACGCAGCGAAGUCCAACGUGAAGCCUGGAGACUAGGCAAGGAAGUAUGCAUCAAAGGCCUGGGAAUGCGGGAACACCCUGUCCACGAAGUCAUGAUCCCACACAAACACCGCAACCAAGACGAAGGCGAACACAUACCCGUGUACCACCUCGUCCCUGAAAGCGCAUCGCAAGAGAACCCCGUACCCACCCUCAUCAUCUUCACCGGACUAGACGGGUACCGCACCGAACUAGCCGUAUGGAUGGAAGGCUGGCGCCGUGUCGGCGUCGCAACCAUCGUCCUCGAGAUACCAGGCACAGGCGACUGUCCAGCCACGGCGUCCGACCCAACGUCUCCAGACCGUCUGUACAGCUCGCUCUUCGACUGGGUAGCCACGCAACCGCGUCUCGACGCAAAGAAAAUCGCUAUCUGGGCCUUCAGCACAGGCGGCUACUACGCCAUGCGCGUGGCGCACAAGCACGCUUCUAAACUCGCGGGCGUUGUCGCCCUCGGCGGCGGCUGCCACCACAUGUUCUCCCCCGAAUGGCUGGACAAUGUAAAUCACCUCGAGUAUCCCUUCGAUCUUGCCAACACACUGGCCUACAAAUGGGGCUACGGCAACGACGUCGAGACCUUCAAAAAGGAGGCCAUGAGCAAGUUCUCGUUGCUGAACGAUGGCACGCUGGAUAAGCAGGAGUGUGCGAGGUUACUGCUGGUGAAUGGGACUGACGAUGAGAUUUUCCCGAUCGAUGACUAUUAUCUUGCGUUGAUGCAUGGGGCGCCGAAGGAAGCGCGGUUUGUGCAGGGGUUCAAGCAUAUGGGGGAGCCGGAGAGCUUUUUUGUUAUUAUCAAGUGGUUGUAUAAGUUAUUUGGUUUGCAGGCGGAGGUGGGGACGAUCAUGGCUACUUUGAUGUUCAAGCCGAAGUACUGA